AUGCGAAAUCCGCGUGACCACAAUCUCUUGGAUCUUGCAAUGGAUUUGACAGUAUGGUCGCAAUUCAACAUGCCACCUGUUUCCUUGUCACUGGCAGAUGCGCUCGGCAUGCCUCAGCCCAGCCAGACCGCUGCUGGUUAUCAGUCCUCUUCACCGCAGAAGCUGAGCCUCAAAUUGGACUCUGCCCUUCGAUCUCCCAUGUCUAUGGAGCCCCAGAAGGUGCAGCUGCCCUCUGUGUGCUUGGACCAGCACUCCGACAUUUUGGAGGACUUUGCUGGACUGCCGGAUCCAAUGAGCCCAUCAUACGGACCACUGUCCCCACAAAGCACGCCGGCAACCAUUCCUCUUGCAACACUGGAUGCUGCGUCUCCGCAUUCGUUGCCAGCCAAGGUGCAGGCUGAUCCUGAGAAAUCCCCUGUGGCUAGUCAGCCAGCUGAAGAUGAUGAUGAAGACCUGACAACACCACUGUUGUUGCUACCCAAAAUGCUUCGCUUUGAGGCAUUGGCAGAGGAAAAUGAUGAGGAUCCGGCCUACAUGAUGCCAUUCAGCCCCAAAGCAAGCGACGAUGAAGUUCCUUUUGGACAAAGCCGUGAUGGACAGUGUGUGUUGUUUCCACCAGGCUUGCAACCACCCCCAAACACGCCGAGCCAUGGCUCAGUGCUUCAUGAUCAAGGCACCUGCCGGCCAUGUGCAUGGUUCCAUAAGCCCGGCGGAUGCAAGAAUGGAAAAGAGUGUGGACACUGCCACCUCUGCCCGGAGGGUGAAAUCAAGGCAAGAAAGCGAGCGAAGCAGACGGUGAUGCGUCUUGGCCUGGCAACGCCGAAGGUGUCUGCUGGGUGUGAGGAGGAAGAGGAGGAAUCGUCCGUCAUGGCAUUCGGAAUCAUUUCGCCAAAGGCGCAGGUGACGCGCCGAUCCAUGAAGGUGGCUUUGGAACCCAGCCAGAAGAAAGGAAGCCUCUCUGAAGAGGAAUCGCUGACCACAUGCGUUGGUUCAGAGCAGGAGAUGUCGGACGGCAGCAACACCAGUCCAGAGUCUGCGUGGGCGUCUCCUACCGCAGACUUCCCGCAAGGACUGCCUUCUGCACAAGACUUACCAAGCGAGGGCUCAGCACUGCAUGGCACCGGCAACUGUCGCCCAUGUGCAUGGUUCUGGAAAGGUUCCGGCUGCCAAAAUGGUAAAGAAUGCAAGCACUGCCACAUGUGCGAUGCCGGAGAGAUUCAGCGGAGAAGGAAGAUGAAGCAGGCCAUGAUGCGCAUGAGUCCAAAAAGCCAAAACCAGGAGGCUUUUGCGCGUGUAGUGAGAAGAGUCAGAGCAAAUCAACCCCAAAUUGACCCCUUGGAGUAUCUUUCAUUUCCCGUAUGCAUGGACUUGUUAGAGACCAAGCAUCGGCAGUCUGCAAUGUCAAACGAGAUGCUUGCUGAAAGGCAGACCUGCUAUGGUCGCUUGGUCGCGCGGAUGCAGGCAUUCAAGGCUUACUUUGAUGCGAAGCAGCUUUGGGCGGACUUCAUCGACCCAUCGUCUGGUGAGCCUUUUCAUACCUCCACUUCGACCAGUUUGUUUGACUGCGACGAGCGCUAUCGCAGCUUGGGGUUUGAGAUCCUGGAACUCGGCUGCUGUCGAUCGCUUUGCAAUAAGCGAUUUGGGCAGUGUCUUGUGAUGACAUCUGCAUUCGUGCAGGGCACAGCGGAAGACGUGCAGCCAGCUCUGGGCAUUUUGGAGGAAUCUCCCAGUCCAGGAGUGGAUCUUAGUGCAGGCGGUCCGGAUGCAGAAGCUUGCGAAGCUGCCACAGACGUCUGCCCUGAAGCACCGGAGAAGCCGCCAGAAAGUGAAGUCUCCAGUUGUCCAGAUGCUGCCUGCCAGCCUGAACAGCCCGGCGAGGCAGUGGCCGACGAAAGGGGAUGCGUGAUAGAAUGA